CAACACCAUAUCCAUCUGUUUUUUUUUCUUCUUUCAUUUCUCUCUCUUCUUCUUCCUCUUCUUCUUCUUCUUCGACCUUUCUCAUUUUGAUCCUGUGUUACGCUUUAAUCGAACUCGGAAGUCAUGGCUAUGGCCACAAGGGUGCUGGCUCAAUCUACUCCACCGUCUUUGGCCUGUUACCAGAGGAAUGUCCCCUCACGGGGAUCUGGUAGAUCGAGAAGAUCGGUGAAAAUGAUGUGUAGUCAGCUACAAGUGUCUGGCUCAAGAAUGCAAGGAUUCUUGGGAUUACGUGGAAGCAAUGCCUUAGAUACUCUAGGAAAAACCCGUCAAGAUUUCCAUUCCAAGGUGCGGCAGGCAAUGACUGUGCCCAAGGGGAAAGCCAGCCGGUGUACCACGAAAGCAAUGUUUGAAAGAUUUACUGAAAAAGCUAUCAAAGUUAUUAUGCUUGCUCAGGAGGAAGCUAGAAGACUUGGCCACAAUUUCGUGGGAACCGAACAAAUUCUUCUAGGUCUCAUUGGCGAAGGUACAGGUAUUGCUGCUAAAGUUUUGAAAUCCAUGGGGAUAAACCUUAAAGAUGCACGUGUGGAGGUAGAGAAGAUUAUUGGAAGGGGCAGUGGAUUUGUUGCUGUUGAGAUCCCAUUCACUCCUCGUGCCAAGCGUGUUCUUGAACUCUCACUAGAGGAAGCUCGCCAACUUGGUCACAAUUACAUUGGAUCCGAGCACCUUCUGCUUGGGUUGCUACGUGAAGGUGAAGGUGUUGCAGCUCGAGUCCUUGAGAAUUUAGGUGCUGAUCCUAGUAAUAUUCGCACUCAGGUGAUACGCAUGGUAGGUGAGAACAAUGAGGUUACUGCUAACGUUGGGGGAGGAAGCAGCAACAAUAAGAUGCCAACUCUUGAAGAGUAUGGAACAAACUUAACGAAAUUGGCUGAGGAGGGUAAAUUGGACCCAGUUGUUGGAAGGCAGCCGCAAAUAGAACGUGUGGUGCAAAUUCUUGGCAGGAGAACCAAGAACAACCCAUGUCUUAUUGGAGAACCUGGUGUUGGUAAGACAGCUAUUGCUGAAGGACUUGCGCAGCGUAUUGCCAGUGGAGAUGUUCCUGAAACCAUUGAAGGGAAGAAGGUUAUAACACUUGACAUGGGUCUUCUAGUUGCUGGAACAAAAUACCGUGGAGAGUUCGAAGAGAGAUUAAAAAAGCUUAUGGAGGAAAUAAGACAGAGCGAUGAGAUCAUCUUAUUUAUCGAUGAAGUGCAUACUUUGAUUGGGGCUGGGGCAGCGGAAGGUGCAAUUGAUGCAGCUAACAUUUUAAAACCAGCUCUAGCUAGAGGUGAAUUGCAGUGCAUUGGAGCGACAACAUUAGAUGAAUACCGAAAGCACAUUGAGAAAGACCCUGCAUUGGAAAGAAGAUUCCAGCCGGUGAAAGUACCUGAACCUACUGUGGAUGAAACUAUUCAAAUCCUUAAGGGUCUGCGAGAGCGAUAUGAAAUUCACCACAAGCUUCGUUACACUGACGAUUCUUUAGUAGCAGCUGCACAGCUGUCAUACCAGUAUAUAAGUGACCGUUUCCUUCCUGACAAGGCAAUUGACUUGAUCGAUGAAGCUGGUUCUCGGGUUCGACUUCGUCAUGCACAGGUCCCAGAGGAAGCUAGGGAGCUUGAGAAGGAGCUUAGGCAGAUAACAAAGGAGAAGAAUGAAGCUGUCCGUGGACAAGACUUUGAGAAGGCUGGGACACUUCGGGAUAGAGAAAUUGAACUCAGAGCCGAGGUAUCUGCUAUCCAAGCAAAAGGCAAGGAGAUGAGCAAAGCAGAGAGUGAGACCGGUGAGGAAGGUCCUAUGGUCACUGAGUCAGACAUCCAACACAUUGUAUCUUCAUGGACUGGUAUUCCUGUAGAAAAAGUAUCAACCGAUGAGUCUGAUCGCCUUCUAAAGAUGGAAGAAACCCUCCACAAACGUAUCAUAGGCCAAGAUGAAGCUGUCAAAGCCAUAAGCCGAGCCAUUCGCCGUGCCCGUGUCGGACUCAAGAACCCUAACCGUCCGAUUGCUAGUUUCAUAUUCUCCGGUCCAACUGGUGUUGGGAAGUCUGAGCUUGCCAAAGCUUUGGCAGCUUACUACUUCGGUUCUGAAGAAGCUAUGAUUCGUCUAGAUAUGAGUGAGUUCAUGGAGAGGCACACUGUCUCCAAACUUAUUGGUUCACCUCCUGGAUACGUUGGAUACACUGAAGGAGGUCAGCUAACAGAAGCGGUUAGACGUCGCCCUUACUCAGUGGUUCUGUUCGACGAGAUCGAAAAAGCCCAUCCAGAUGUUUUCAACAUGAUGCUUCAAAUCCUUGAAGAUGGUAGAUUAACAGACAGCAAAGGAAAAACAGUCGACUUCAAAAACACACUUCUGAUCAUGACAUCAAACGUUGGAAGCAGCGUGAUUGAGAAAGGAGGAAGACGUAUUGGGUUCGACUUAGAGUACGAUGAGAAAGACAGCAGUUACAACAGAAUCAAGAGCCUUGUAACAGAGGAGCUGAAACAGUACUUCAGACCAGAGUUCCUGAACAGGCUAGACGAGAUGAUUGUGUUCAGACAGCUAACAAAACUGGAAGUGAAAGAGAUCGCAGACAUACUGUUGAAGGAAGUGUUCGAGAGACUGAAGAAGAAAGAGAUUGAGCUUCAAGUGACAGAGAGGUUCAAAGAGAGAGUAGUAGACGAAGGUUACAACCCGAGCUAUGGAGCGAGACCAUUGAGAAGAGCCAUCAUGAGGCUGUUAGAGGAUAGUAUGGCAGAGAAAAUGCUUGCGAGAGAGAUCAAAGAAGGAGACUCAGUGAUUGUGGACGUUGAUGCUGAAGGAACCGUGACAGUGCUGAAUGGUGGAAGUGGCACUCCCACUACUUCCUUGGAGGAGCAGGAAGAUUCUCUCCCUGUCGCUUAAAUAAAAAAAAGGCAAAGUGUGUUCCGCAUCUUUUGCUUUUGGCCCCUAAAUGAAAUUAUGGCAAGAGAAUUUGGGGGGUUUUCUCAAUAUACAUUUUCUAAAUAUGAAAAAAAAAUUGUAAUGUAUAGAUGACAUUUGUGUAGUUUAUUUUUCAAUGCUGUUUUAAGGACUUC